AUGCCCCGCCCCCGUAGACCACACCGGCCAUGGGCGGACCUCCAACCCGAUCUCCUUGCCAUCAUCCUCCUCAACCUCACAUGCUUAGCCGACCGCGUCUACUUUUCUGCUGUCUGCCGGCCGUGGCGCUCCGCCGCGGUUGACCGCGACGCUCCGGCUCGCCAGCUCCCCUGGCUCCUCCUCCCAUCCCCCGCUGCGCCCUCCUUCUUCAGCCUCCACUCCGGCGCCACCCGCCGCCUGUACCUCCCGCAGAACGUCCGCGGCGCGCGCCUAUGCGGCUCCCAUGAGGGUGGCUGGGUCGCCCUCGCCUUGGAGCAGUGGCGAGGGUACGCGGCGGUCAACCUCAUGUCCGGCGCGAUGGUUCCUCUCCCCGACAGGCUCCGGACCAACCAACCCAACUUGCACGGCAACAACGCCUGCGAGCACCAUAUGGUCAUUCGCAGCGUCACCUUCUCCGACGCGCCGUCGAAGGCGGGGUGCCUUGCCGCCGCGCACGUCUCCAGCGCCUUCAAUAUCGCGUUCUGGCGGCCGGGGAUGGACCGAUACUGGAUCGCGUACGGUCUCCCUAUGGACGUGAUCCAGGAUAUGAUCUACUACAAGAAUGAGCUCAAGGAAGGCUUCCAUGUCCUCUCCAACACGGAGGAUGUGGUGGUGUACACGCCCAACGGCGGCCCGACGACCGCUCCUCUGGUGAUGUCCCGUAGCUCUUAUCGUGUCAAGAAGCGCGCUGAUUACAAGCCUGAUAAUCUCCUGCACAAGUCGCUCAAGCUGUCCCGCUAUCUGGUGGAGUCCCGCGGAAAACUGCUAAUGGUUCUGCGGCAACUCAAGUGGCGUCGCACCUUUAGGUUCAGAAUCUUUGAGAUGAACCUUGAGAUUGCUCCCGGUGGGGGCUCUGAAGCUUCCUGGGUGGAGAUCCACACUCUUCCUGGUCGGUUGCUCUUACUUGGUAGAGGCUGCUCAAGGGCAUUUGAGAUGUCCCACUUCAACAGGCUCGACGUGGGUAACAUCUACUACUUGGAUGAUACUAGAUCCAACAUAUCCUUCGCGUUAAACAGUGGGGGUAAGCACUCCUGUACUGACAUGGGCGUGGAUGCUCAGAAAAUACUCAAUCGUACGGAUCGCACUUGGCGCUUUCCGCAGCAGUUUACUUCAGAGUGCUCUCCUCCAAUCUGGUUUGCACCCUGAAUUGGUAUACAGG